AUGGCGGUGAGCGCCCGAGCCGCGUCUCGUCCUCCACCCCUCGUUUUCUUGUUGUUGUUGAAUCGAGCCAUUCUUCACGCAAUUUUUCACCCGCACCCGAACCUCCGCGCGGUGCUGACGUCCCGAUUCGCUCCCAACCCGCAGAACUGGGCCGACGAAGACGCGAACCAUCUUCCGAGUAUCCCCCAGGGAUUCGGCGGGUUCCCCGGCUCCCCCGUGCGCGGGGGCGCCUUCCCGUCCGGACUGUCCCCGCCCGGUGGAGGAUUCUCGCCCCCCGGCGGCCUCGGCGGAGUGUUCCACCCGCCGCCCGGCAUGCCGGGCUUCGCCCCGGGACGGUCCCCGCCCAACUACUCGUUCGGCACCGGCGUGCCGAACGCCGCCAACGACGGACGCGGCCCACCCGGGGGCGGCUACCCGGGCGCGCCCGAUCCGCACUUCUCCGGUCCCCGAUCCCCGGGUUCCGGAAACUCCUUCCACUUCGGCGCCGGUCCAACCGGAGCGUCGCCCCCGCAACCGCACGCGUCCACCAACGGCGUCCCACCGAUCGGCUCGCCCCCGUCCCCGGGACGGGGCUACCAGGAGGCCCGCCCCGCGCGUCCCACGAUGCCCGUGCCAUCCUCCCCGCCCUUCACCGCCUUCGUCGGUAACUUUCCGUACGAGUGCCCGAGGGAGGAAGUCGUCGGUCUCUUCACCGCCAACGCGUGCGCGAUCGCCGACGUCCGCAUGGUCCGCAACAGGGAUACCGACCGACCGCGCGGGUACUUUCUCGAGUUCGAGGACAAGGCGAGCCUGGAGCGCGCGCUCACGUUCGACCAGUACAACAUGGGCGGGCGGCCCCUUCGCGUCAACGUCGCGGAGGGUAAGCCGGAUAGGCGCGAUAGGUUCGGCGGCGGCGGCGGCUUCGCCGACCGUUACAACGAACGCGACCGACGCGGGGGCGGCUUUGCCGACCGUUACAACGACGCCACCGGCGGCAAGCCGGGCGGAGGCGGGAGCUUCGGGCGAAGGGAGGGCGGCGCGGGCUACCAGGAGGCUCGCGGCGGCGGCGGCGGCGGCGGUCGCGGCGACAAGGCUUCGUUUACCGGCGGCGGCUACCACGCCCCGCGCGGCGGCGGCGGGGACCGCGGUCGCCGCUCGUUCGACCGCGACCCGGACGCGCCGCCGCCCGAGGGCAGGAAGAAGCUGGAGCUCAAGCCCAGGUCCGCCGACGCGGACGCGGCUCAGCCGUCGGCGCCCGCGUCCGGAUCCUCGUCCAAGCCCAACCCCUUCGGAUCGGCCAAGCCCGUCGAUACCACCGCGAAGAUCGCGGAGGCGGAGCGCAAGAUCCAGGAGGAGAAGGACCGCGUCAACGCAAAGGCGGGCGUCGCCGCGAAGGGCGAGGUUCCCGCGCCCAAGCCCCUCUCCAAAUCUGCGGUGCAGCCCGACGCCAAGCGCAAACCGAUCGUCUUGGCUCCCGAGGAGAACGCCAAGAUCGAAGCCACCAACGUUUUCGCGCUGCUGAACAUGGACGACGACGAGGACGGCGACGACACGGAGGCGGACGCCAAGGACGGCGACGGAGAGGAGGAAGCCAAGGAGGAGCUGUGA